CCGUCGUCCACCACGAGAGAGUCGCUCUCCUGACCAUCUACGCCCCAUCCGGUACGUCCCCAUCAUUCAUGGAGAGCCAGGAUGUUUGGUCAGACUUCGAGACGCUCCGACACAACGUGAAGCACAACAAGGUCGACCAACUCAAACAGAUCCUGUCCGCCUUCAACGAGGAGUGUUACACGAAUCAUACUAAGACCGGCAAAAAACAGGACCUCAUCGACAAGAUUGUCCGGUCGCUCGACGAGUGGAGGCGGGAGAAUAACAGGGAACGGUGGUCGCGGGCAAAGGCCAUUAUGAAUCGGGUUCGAACCAACUCAUACCACGCUGGUGCCUACAGGCCCAACGGUGACUCGUCCUCCUACUCCCACUCGCACUCAUUUGCCCCUCCGCCACCAACUACAGCCUACCAGUCAGGGAGUUCGCUCUCUGGCGCGAUCCCACGCUAUGAUCCAUAUGCACCUCCCCGACGACCGACACAACCAGCGUCCGUAACACCUACCUCUACUGUUCCCGUGCCACAACAACCUAUGCCUGUCAUCCGCUUCAAGUACUCCCCUUUCUUCAGGAUGGAACGAAUAGUCUCUGCCGUCGUGGAAUGUCCAGAAUCUACAAGCUCCAUGGACCGCCGCUCACAAUCCCUCACCUUCACUAUGCAGCCAGACAUCAUUGCCAAGCUGAACUCUUCCAGCCCCAAGUAUCAGCUCCGACUUUACUGCACGUCGUCCACAUAUUACACUCCGAACGGAUCGUUCCGCUCACCCGGGGCAACCCCAUGUCCGAUUGAAUUCCCACCAACCUGUGAAGUACGGGUCAACGGCACGCAGCUGAACGCGAACCUCAAAGGUUUGAAGAAGAAAGCCGGCACGGCGCCACCCCCUGACCUGGGGAAGCUCGCUCGUCAGACAGCCAACGCGUCUAACCGUGUUGAGAUGAUCUACGUGAACAGCCAGCAGCCCACACCGGCCAAGAAGUUUUAUCUUGUGGUCAUGUUGGUCGAAGUUACCUCGGUGGAUCAGCUAAUCGAGCGACUCAGGAAAGGCAAAUAUAAGCCUAAAGACGACAUUCUUGCAGAAAUGAACAAGGCUGCAUCGGACGACGACGACAUCAUCGCUGGUCACCAGAAGAUGUCCUUGAAGUGUCCGCUGAGCUAUAUGCGUAUCACAACGCCAUGCCGAUCCUCCGCAUGCGUACAUCCACAAUGCUUCGACGCCAUGUCAUGGUUCUCCGUCAUGGAGCAGACAACAACAUGGAUGUGUCCAGUUUGCGAGAAGGUGCUGAACGUUGAGGAUCUCAUAAUCGACGGGUACUUCGAUGAUAUCUUGAAGCACACACCUGAUAGUGUCGAGGACGUGAUCGUCGAAGCCGAUGGACAGUGGCACACUGAGGACAACAAGUUUGCUUCGCCUGUGUGGAAGGCGACUCAUCCUACGGCUCCGCCUGUCAAACCUCCGGUUCCGAAGCGGGCAGCCUCUCCAGUCAAGCAUGCCGCAAAUGGCAUGAACGGAGUGAAUGGCCAAGAGAAGCCUCGUCCUAGUCAAGCGGAGAUUGUCAUCUUGGACUCUGAUGACGAAGACGAAGAUGAAGGUCGGGUCAAACGGGAGCUCUCUCCUUCCACUGACGGCGUGCUCCCUCGACCAAGUCAGUCUAUAGGUGGCUCGCAGCCGUCACGGUCUACAACAGCUCAGGCCGCUGAUAUCAUAGACCUGACGUUGGAUUCAGACGACGAUGAGCCGCCUCCUCCACGACUGUCUGCACCGUCGACGAAGAAGCGGAAGGAAACAGACGAACUGCUCUCUCCUACGGAGCAAAUCUGGAAGAAGUCACGCACGGAAAGCGGCUCCUCAUCUUCAUCUCCAGGAUUUGAUACUCUGGUAAAUAGCAGUACGUUACGCAUGGCAGAGGAAGCGGCUGCGCAGCGGAGGCUGGGAGCACCUUCUACCUCGCAGCCUCGAUAUCAGCCUUCGUCGCAGCGAUCUCCCCCAUACCGUGGGUCGCAGCCAUUCAACCCGCCUGAGCGUCUUCCGCCGCCGCCUCCGCCUCCGCCUACACUACCCCGUCGUCUGCCGUCGUCGCCACACGACGGUUACCGGACCACCUUGCCUCCGCUCGCGUAUACAUCACAGCGCGGAAGCGGUGCGGGAAGCUCUUCACCUACGAGUUGGCGGUGACGGGGGGAUAUAUUUGACGUUGAUUGGCCGGUUAUUGAUGGGUUUUUCUUGCGGUCGUCGCUUACAGCAGUUUGUACAGUGGCUUAUCAUAGAGUAUAAUCGUAGCCUUGUAGUGUUCGCCAAUGGCCAUCGUAAUGUCGAGUGUUUCUU